AUGUCUCCUCCCGCAGAUGCUCCGGCCAGCAAUGGCGUCUCCAAUGGCCUCAACGGCGACGCCAACGGCACCAGCUGUAUCUCCCACGCAGCCCACCCCGGCUUCACCGGCAUUACCACCAAGCAGAACCCCCGUCCGUCGAACCCUUACCAGCCCGUCGGUGACUUCCUGAGCAAUGUCUCGAGGUUCAAGAUCAUUGAGUCGACCCUGCGUGAGGGCGAGCAAUUCGCCAACGCUUUCUUCGACACCGAGACCAAGAUUAAGAUUGCCAAGGCGCUGGAUGAUUUUGGCGUCGACUACAUCGAGCUCACCUCGCCCGCUGCCUCCGAGCAGUCGCGCAAGGACUGCGAGGCGAUCUGCAAGCUCGGCCUUAAGGCCAAGAUUCUUACCCACGUCCGCUGCCACAUGGACGAUGCCAGGAUCGCGGUCGAGACUGGUGUCGAUGGUGUUGACGUUGUCAUUGGUACCUCCUCUUACCUGAGGGAGCACUCCCACGGCAAGGACAUGACCUACAUCAAGAACACUGCUAUUGAGGUCAUCAAUUUCGUCAAGUCCAAGGGUCUCGAGAUCCGUUUCUCCUCGGAGGACUCUUUCCGCUCCGACCUGGUCGACCUUCUCUCCAUCUACAGCGCUGUCGACAAGGUCGGUGUCCACCGUGUCGGUAUUGCCGACACCGUUGGCUGUGCUACUCCCCGCCAGGUCUACGACCUCAUCCGUACUCUCCGCGGUGUCGUCAGCUGCGACAUUGAGACUCACUUCCACAAUGACACUGGAUGUGCCAUCGCCAACGCCUACUGCGCCCUUGAGGCCGGUGCUACCCACAUUGACACCUCCGUCAUUGGUAUCGGUGAGCGUAACGGUAUCACCCCUCUUGGUGGUCUGAUGGCCCGUAUGAUUGUUGCGGACCACGACUACGUCACCGGCAAGUACAAGCUGUCCAAGCUCAAGGAGAUUGAGGAUAUGGUUGCCGAGGCCGUUGAGAUCAACGUUCCCUUCAACAACUACAUCACUGGUUUCUGCGCGUUCACCCACAAGGCUGGUAUCCACGCCAAGGCCAUUCUCAACAACCCCAGCACCUACGAGAUCAUCAACCCUGCCGACUUCGGCAUGAGCCGUUACGUCCACUUCGCCUCGAGGUUGACUGGCUGGAACGCCAUCAAGAGCCGUGUUGAGCAGCUCGGCCUUGAGAUGACUGACGCCCAGGUCAAGCUUGUUACCGCCAAGAUCAAGGCCAUGGCUGACGUCAGGCCCAUCGCCAUCGAUGAUGCCGACUCGAUUAUCCGUACCUUCCACCUGAACCUGCACUCCAAGGAGGAGCAGCCCCUACUGCCCAACAUGACCGCCGAGGAGCAGGCCAAGUUCGAGAAGGCCGAGAGGGAGCUUACUGGCCAGAAGGAGAAGAGGGAGCUCGAUGCCACGGCCGACGCGCAGGCCGAGAUUCCUGCUGCCAAGAAGACCAAGACUGAGACCGUUGCCUAA